GGAAUUGAGAUAAAUUAGGCAACUAUUCUACAGACCAAGGGGCAGAAGGUAACGCAAACUUUUACCAGGAUUGAGGCAGAUAAGUUUUUCGGUCAAUUUUAGAUAACAAAUAGAACUGCUCCUGGGAUCAAGGGAAGGGAAGUGGGGAAAAGCAAAGAAUUGAGAAUAGUUUUGAGAACAGGCCAUAUUAUGGUGGCGGUAGUGCUGGAUGUCCUAAAGUAUAUGAAGGUAGAUAAAUCUCCGACUGAUCAGAUAUGUCCGAUGACAAUGUGGGAAGCUAGAGGGGAAAUUGCCAGAGCCUAUGAAACAUCAUCAGUCACAGAUAGAACUUGAGUGCAGAGUAAGAAUUGGAGAUGCCGAUGCCUACCAGCCUAAUACCAUCACGAUUUCUGACACUUGUGUCUCAUUUUCUCAUAGUAGUUAAUAUCUUCUGGUCCAGGAAAGACAAUGUGGAGGCUUGUCUUCCGCCAAGCUACACCCAUGACCAGUAUCAAAACCGUGACAAAGAACUAAUUGUGGCAUUGUCGGUGACAUUUGGCAUGUUUCUGAUCGAGCUGGUGGGUUUCCUGACCGGAGUCUCCAUGUUCAAUGGCACCCAGAACCUCAUUUCUAUUGGAGCCCACGCUAGUGCCUCAAUUGCUCUUCUCUUCUUCUUUAUUGACAAAUUGCCCUGUCAUGAUUACUGGUGGAUAUUCACUUUUUGCAGCGCUCUCCCGGCAUGUACUGAGAUCGUCCUUGUGAUUGCUGUAUUUGGGCUGAAGAAGAAGCCUUUGUGAGCAUUCCGCACAUCGUACUCACCAAACUGGACUAUUCCAUUGGAAUGGAAGUAGAAGAUCACUCAGAAUGUUGUGUGCUUCUGGCAAUGAGAGUGGCAGUGUUUACCAAACUUCGGUGUUAGACUGCAUAAGAAUCCUUGGAUUUCUUCUUCUCCAUUAUAGAACACAUCGUCUCCAAGCCAAAACAAAUCUUGUCCUCUAUUAUAGAAUGUGUACAUCAAACUCUUUUAUAAAAUGUGCAUUACUCUGUUUCUUUACAGACUGUGUGCACCCUGACGUUCACAGUGGAAUGUGCCGUCUUGUUCCCCAUACAGAACAUGUUUCUGACAUUGUGAAGGUCAGAGCCUGGCUCCCGAAUCACCGUGGUUCCUCUGGAGAAGGCUCCGAUCAUAUACUUGUUUCCUCAGAUAAUGUGGGCAAAAGUACUGUAGUUGCUGUUCAGUACAAGAGAUCAAGCUUCUUCAUUGGAUGUCAAUAACUCUCAAGGUGGUACUGAGCCAGUAGAACAGUUCAAGUUAGAGAUUGUCCAUGACAUUAAUCGCAGUCGAGGGGUGGCAACACCAGCCCGGAUUGCGAUUCCUGUAAUAUCUGCAGAAAGCCUAGCUGUCAGACAAGAUUUAACAUUGAAAUAGACAGUACGGACUCCACACUCUGCAUUCAGGGCAGGAGGCGCUAACAACAGA